AUGACACCAAGUCCAUGUUCACAAGGCAAGAAAUCGAAUGAAUCAUUGAGAAAAUCGGAUACAUCUACCAUGAGUACAAAAUCAAAUAAUCCCAUAGUUAAUUUAACAGCCGCAUUCUUAGCUAAAAGACCACGUGCUCAUUCCCCAGUUUGUGGUAACUCAAAGGAUUGUGUCACUCCAUUAGUUAAAAAU